CUCCCCUUUUUAACCUGCCCCAGAAGAGGCAGAAGCCCCAAGCUGUGCCCAUCUGGGCAGAGGAUUCCUCCUCCUCUCAUGGCUGCCUUACAGAAGAGGAACUUCAGUUUCUGGGAGACAGUUGUUGUAGCAGAGGAAGGGGAAAGACAGACUUGACCAUUGAAGAAGGGAUGAAGUUCUGAGAAGACAACGGAAAGGAUGUCUGAAAGAGCAAGCAGCAGCCAGGAGAGGAAACCUCCUGUGAAUGGGAGAAGAACAUCAAGCAACUCCAAUGAUGAAGAAAAUGAAGUGCCUGAGAUGGAGGCUUUUGGAUUGAUACCUAGAGGAUUUAAUCCAAGAGACUACCUGCAGGUUGUGGACAUUCAGAUGUUCAAGGAGCCCCACGAGGUCAAUAAGGAGCAGCAUCACACCGACAAGUUCUACAACCCCAAGCUGAUCGUGCGUCGGGGACAGCCUUUCCAAAUCCAGAUCGAUUUCAACCGGCCCUACAAGCCAGAGACAGACCAGUUCUGGCUGGAGUAUUUGAUAGGUCGCUACCCAGAGCAGAACAAAGGCACCUACAUCCCAGUCGUAGUAGGUAACGUGCUGAAACCUGGUGAGUGGGGAGCCAAGAUCACCCACAAGGAGAACAACUCCAUUCGCCUGUCCAUCAUGUCUUCUGCCACCUGCAUCAUCGGGAAGUUUCGCUUGUAUGUUGCUGUCUGGACUCCUUUUGGCAUUCUCCGGACACGCAGGAACUCAGCAACCGACACUUACAUCCUCUUCAACCCCUGGUGCCAGGAGGAUGCUGUGUACCUGGAUGAUGAGAAGGAAAGGGAAGAAUACGUUCUGAAUGACGUGGGUGUUGUUUUCCACGGAGACAUCAAUGACGUAAAAACAAGGAGCUGGAGUUACGGCCAGUUUGAAGAAAACGUUCUGGAUGCUUGCCUGUUCCUGAUGGACAAAGCAGAACUGGAGCUCUCUGGGCGCGGAAACCCUAUCAAAAUCUGCCGUGUUGCCUCUGCAGUGAUCAACUCCAGGGAUGAUAACGGUGUGAUUGCUGGAUCCUGGGACAAUACAUACACUUAUGGUGUUGCACCUUCAGCCUGGACAGGAAGCGUGGACAUUCUCUUGGAGUAUUACAGCUCUAAGCAGCCUGUAAAAUAUGGCCAGUGCUGGGUCUUUGCUGGUGUCUUCAACACAUUUCUGAGGUGCUUGGGGAUACCUGCAAGGCUUGUGACCACCUAUUCUUCUGCUCAUGAUAACAAUGCCAAUUUACAACUGGACUUCUUUGUGGAUGACGAAGGGAAAGUGGACACCAAACUUACAAAGGACUCAGUCUGGAACUAUCACUGCUGGAAUGAAGCUUGGAUGACCAGACCUGAUCUUCCUAUUGGUUUUGGAGGAUGGCAAGUUGUUGAUGGAACACCCCAAGAAACCAGUGAUGGUAUGUACAGAUGUGGCCCAGCCUCGGUUCAAGCUAUUAAACAUGGGCACGUUUGCUUCCAGUUUGAUGCUCCUUUUGUCUACGCUGAGGUGAAUGGUGAUAUUGUUUACUUAAGAAGGGAGAAAAAUGGAGCCCAAGUGAUAGAAAAUAUUGACACAAGCCAUGUUGGGCAGUUGAUUGUGACCAAGGAAGUUGGAGGGGAUGGAAUGAUGGACAUUACUGAAGACUACAAGUUCCGAGAAGGCUCAGAGGAGGAGAGACUGGCUCUUGAGACUGCUGUGAUGUACGGCGUUAAAAGGCAAAUCACCCAAGAUACCACUUACCAGCCACAAAAGGAUGUGGACAUGGACUUCCAAGUGCAAAAGGCAGUCAUUGGCAGUGACUUUAAAGUCACCAUCACUUUCAGAAAUAGAAGUCACAACUAUUACACUGCUACUGCCUACCUUUCAGGCAACAUAGUGUUUUAUACAGGAGUGACAAAAAAUGAAUUCAAGAAACACUCCUUCAGUGCAAAACUGCAACCCUCUUCAUCCAGUGCUUUUGAUGUUGCCAUCAAAUCGAGUGAGUACUUGAGCGACCUGCUGGACCAAGCCUCCUUUCAUUUCUUUGUGACUGCACGGAUCAACGAAACAGGGAAGAUACUGGCAGUGCAGAAGGCAACAGCCCUGAUAAUUCCAGGCCUGAGGAUCAAGACCCAAGGUGAGAUGGUAGCUGGCAAACAAAUGUCUGUGGCUGUGGAAUUCACCAAUCCUCUGACACAAACCCUGGAGAAUGUCACACUUCGCCUUGAGGCACCUGGCAUGCUGAGAACAACAAAGCAGCAGUUCAGGCAAAUCCCACCCAACUCUACCUUGAUCUGGGAAGUAAAAUUUACCCCCAGACAGCCAGGGCUACGGAAGCUGAUUGCAAGCUUGAAUUGUGAUGCUUUGAGGCAUGUGUAUGGUGAGCUGAACAUCCAGAUUCAGAAACCAUGAAGCAAGAUGAUGCCCUUAUCUCUCAUUUCAAAAUAUCACAGGGCAGGGCAGGAGGGAGGAAGAGGUAGAAGUCAGCUUAUUUGAAGUUUGGUCAUCCUUGUGCUGAAUACAAUUUGAUUAACUAAUUGGUUAGGCUGGGGAGAGAACGAAGAAGCACCUGAAUAUUGAAGGAUUUAAAACGUGAUACAUGUAAUUAAAGGCAAUUCUAGGCCAUGCUAGUCCUCUAUUUCACUAUUAUUUGUGCUAUAUUGCAUUAGUGCUGCAAAUGAAUCUGAAAAGCUCCUUUCACCAAAGUAGUCUGAACUUUAAUUUUAAUUAAGGCCUGAUAUUUCACUGAAAAACAACAGAAAAAAAUCCACCACCAAAAACUCUCUUAUAAAUCACUACUCUAUGACUCCAGAAUAUAAACCUGCUUUUCACUCCAGGCUUUUUAUCACUCCAGUGCACUAAGAAUUUAAAAUAAAGCAUGUUUUACUCCUGACUGCA